AUGUACGAACUACCCAGCUUGGUAAAAACGGCGUACUACGCUUGUAACAGGGUCGACCGUGAGAGGUACGACUCGCUGAGAACACCAGACGUCGAUUUGCAAAAUUGUUGCGAGUCGCUGUUCGCAGUUUUAAAAAUCAGCAAAAACCGAAGCCAGGGCAACGCCAGGCAGACCAUGUUCGGAAGAUCACGAUUCCGCAUCGGUGACUACAGGUUUAAACAUAUAUGCGAAAACGCGGCGCAGCGCGGGCACAUCGGUUGCAUGAAACUUGCACGCGAAAUCGGCGUCCCUUGGGAUCCCUUAUUCAAGUCCCUUACGGCAAAAGACGGCAGAAGUACGGCGUGCGAUUUGGCUGCGAGGUUGGGCAAUCUGGAGUGUCUAAGAUACGCCCGGGAGAACGGUUGUCGCUGGGACGAGGGUACGUGCAUGACGGCCGCGGGUCACGGUCAGCUAGAGUGCUUGAUCUACGCACACAUGAACGGGUGUCCUUGGGACGCGCGUGCGCCAUCGUCCGCCGCUGGCACCGGUGCCCUGGAGUGUCUGGUUUACUUACAUGAAAACAGCUGCCCCUGGGACCCGGACACGUGCAGCAGUGCCGCGAGGACUGGUAACUCUCAGUGUUUGGCUUACGCUCGAGACAACGGCUGCCCCUGGAACGAGAACGCGUGCACCGGUGCCGCGAGCAACGGUAACCUCGAGGGUCUGGUUUACUUGCAUAAAAACGGCUGCCCCUGGGACGGGGACACGUGCAGAUGGGCCGCGAUCGGCGGUCACCUUCAGUGUUUACGUUACGCACACGAAAAUGGAUGUGAAUGGGAUUUCCAUACGUGCGACGAUGCCGCGAAAUGGGGUCAGCUAGAGUGCUUGGCUUAUGCACAUGAAAAUGGAUGCCCGUGGGAUCAACAAACGUGCAGCCUUGCCUCGGGGAACGGUCACCUUCGGUGUUUACGUUAUGCACACAAACACGGAUGUCCCUGGGACAUUGAAACGUGCAGCAACGCCGCGGCCAACGGUUACCUCAAUUGUCUUGUUUAUGCACGGGAAAACGGUUGUCCUUGGGACGAUCUCACAUGGAAGCGGGCCUCGUAUCGAGGUCAAAAGAAGUGCGUAGCUUACGCUCUAAAAAACGGGUGCCCCGGGAUGGAGAACUACAAUGGUCGUCCCGUAUCGUAUAGUGAAUUACAACGUGGAUCCCCAGAAUAUAGAGUAAUAAUUAAAUGUGAUAUUAAUAUACAAAUUUACUAA